AUGGAAAGUUCCGAAACACGAGCUGAAAGUGAUGCAGUCGGAGAACCGUUCAUAGCACGCGACAGUGAAUCCGAUCACAAUCCAAUCAGCAGACGAGAAUUUCGUCAUAAUACAGUGUACACCUCGAAGCAAAAACACCGGCGUUUUCUUUCACACCUCCGUGGCCUAUUAUACAGGCAGUCUACCGUACCCUUCGGUUCCGAUAAUGCAUACCAAUACGUUUCGACAGACGAUCAGUAUGAGUCUUUUCAGGAGCAGGGUGUGCAGCAGGGUCCGCGAUCCUUGAAAAACUCCGUUUCGAGAAUGAUUGUCUCGAAUAUUAAACUUUUCGCAUCCAUGAUGAUAGUACCGGCAGCAUUAAUUGUUGGCGUAAUUAAAGUACACCCAGCUGCGGCCUUUUCCCUCAACCUAGCAGCUGUCAUCCCACUGUCAGUCGCCCUCACGAUGGCCACUGAAUCGUUGUCGCGUGAUCUUGGGCCCACUGCCGGUGCUCUCCUCAAUAUCAGCUGCGGUAACCUGGCAGAAAUUAUUAUUUUGUAUGUCAGGUCCUCAAUUCUUCUUUGCUUUCGCCUACUAACGUUUUCUAGGAUGACUGCUCUUUCGGAGGGACAUGUGCGCAUUGUCCAGGCAUCGCUUCUUGGAUCGCUCCUCGUAAAUCUGCUGCUUGUGCUGGGCCUUUCGCUUGUCGUCGCAGGCAUGGCCUACAAUGAGCAAACCUACGACGAUACCUCUGCACAGCUGUUCAUCGGACAACUGAAUUUGACCGUGUUUAGUUUCAUUUUACCUACUGCAUUCUAUGGAGCCAUGAGCAAAGUUACCGACGCCGAUCACGCGUCAAUUGCAUUUAGUCGAGCGGUUUCACUCAUUUUGUUAAUUGUGUAUAUAAUUUAUCUCACAUUUCAUUUGAGAUCUCAACAAACUUCCUCCGAAAAAGCCUUUGAAAUGGACCAGAAUGCUCAAAACCGAUCGGAGCGGGCUUCUGAAAUCGAGCUGCCUCCCCUCCCGAAACCUGGUCCUCACACGAGGUGGAAAUCAAGCAGCCUCAGUGCACCUCCAACUUUCGACUACCGACACAUUCUUUCUAAGCCUGCAACAUCAUCGUUUCCUUUUCCUCGACACAGUCUCGAUCACGUUCGAUCACGGGCUUCAGAUGCCAGCCGUACAAAUGACGAUCCAGAAUCUCAAGAGGAACAACGUCCAGCCGAUCGACCGACAUGGAUGAGCCGUAUCUUCGCUCUUGCAACCCUAAUUGCUUCCACUAUUGUAAUUGGAAUCUGUGCAGAUACCGUGGUUGCGAAUUUCCGUACUCUGAACGAACGAGGUACGCUUAGAGAAUCGUUCGUCGGUCUCAUCAUUCUCCCCGUCGCCGGCAAUAUUGCCGAGGUCAUCACUUCAGCCAUGGUGGCUGCAAAAGGCGAGAUCGAUCUAGCAAUAAAUGUCGCCGUUGGAUCCGCAAUUCAAAUUGGAUUAAUGGUCACCCCUCUAACGGUCCUUGCUGGCUGGGCAAUGGGGAAGAAUAUGAGUCUGCAUUUCAACGGUUUCGAAACAGUGGCCAUCGUUGCGGCUUCCUUGAUGGUUAGCUUCUUGCUUGUAAGAGGGAAAGCGAAUCACUUUGAGGGAAUCAUUCUUAUUGCGUCUUAUGCAGGAGUAUCCAUUGGAGCAUUGCUUCUACCGGAUUCACGUUAG